AUGAGAGCCGCAGAACGAGGACAUGCCGAUAUAAUAGGAUUCCUUCUGGAGAGAGGUGCUCGAGUUGACAGACAGCGUACGGGUGGAGCAACAGCGCUGUAUUUAGCGUGUGAGCAUGGUCACUUUGACGCUGUUGUAGAGCUUGUGAAUGCUGAAGCCGACUUUGAAUUAGUGGACGACGAAGGUUAUUCUCCGCUAAUUACUGCCGCCCAGUUUGGAUACUCGGACAUUGUCCAGUUUUUAGUGAAUCGAGGCGCAAACGUUGACGCUCGCUUGCCUAGUGGAAGUACAGCAUUAAUUACCGCUGUUUGGUACAAGCGGUUGGUCGUCGUUCGGAUUCUUCUCGAUAACGGAGCGAAUGUCAACUUAUGUGGUGACUUUCAAAGGUGGCCAGCGCUGACGGUGGCGUCUUUUAGCGGGUAUCUCGAGUUGGUGCAUCUAAUCUAUGCGCGAAAUUCCGCCGACACAAGUGAAACAAGCGACUUGGAUGCAGCUGCCGCCAAUACCACACAUACCAGCACAACAAUUGACCACAAAUGUCGGGGUGAUGACACAGUGCUUCGAAUUGCAUGCGAUAAAGGGGACCUAAAACUGGUGGAAACUCUAUUGAGGAGCUCCAGUGAUGUUGACACUCCUGAUUACAGAGGCUGGACGCCGCUCAUGACUGCUGCCGGGCGGGGCCAUGCCGACAUAAUGCUGCUCCUUAUUCAAAGAGGGGCCUUCAUCAACCGGCAGAAUCGGUAUGGGGGUACAGCCUUGCAGUUUGCUUGUUUGAGCGGCAAGUUAAACGCUGUUCGAAUUCUGAUUCGCCACGGAGCUGCUGUCGACUUAGCCAACCACAAAGACUGGAGUCCGCUGAUGCUUGCCUUGCAAGCUGAAGAACAAGUCGCCGUGGUGGAGUAUUUACUGGGCAUGGGGGUAAGCGUUGACCAGAAGGGCCCAGAUGGAGCUACUGCUCUUCACUUUGCAAGUACAACAGGACAAAUUAAUGCUAUUUGCAGGCUCCUGGAUCGUGGAGCUACGAUCGACUUGAGGAACGAUAACGGAGAUACCCCACUGAUGCUAGCCGUUGCAAAUAAUAACAGACUGACGGUGAAAGUGCUGGUAGAACGUGAUGCGCGAACGGAUGCAGUUAAACUGUGUUAA